GAUCCACCAAGCUCAGCCCACAUUUUGACAGGCUUGCAAGACAAUCCUUGGGUGUGUGACUGCAGUCUGUAUGAAAUGGUCCAUUUCCUGAAUUUCCAGUCUCCUAACAUAGCAUUCAUUGAGCCCAGGCUAAAAUGCUUCACCCCCCGGAGCCUUGCAGGAGUCUUCUUCAGCCAAGUUGAGCUAAGGAAGUGCCAAAGCCCUGUUGUACAUACAUCCGUAGCCAAAGUAAAGACCAUCCUGGGCAGCACUGUGCUCCUGCGAUGUGGGACAACGGGGGUGCCCAUUCCUGAGCUCAGCUGGAGAAGGGCUGACGGUGCUCAGCUGAAUGGCACAGUUCACCAAGAGAUUUCCAGCGAUGGGAUGAGCUGGUCUAUUCUGGGCCUGCCUGUAGUCUCUUAUCUCGACUCUGGAGAGUACAUCUGUAAAGCAAAGAAUUUUCUGGGGGCAACGGAGGCAUUCAUAUCUCUCAUCAUCACAGACUCAGAAAGCACGGAUGACCCCAACUCUAACGCCAAAGGCAUAUGGAGUGGGAAGGCGAACGGGAUGGAGGCAGCUGCCUACAAUGACAAGCUAGUGGCAAGGUACGUCAUCACCACCUCCACCAUGCCUACCGUGGGGGCUGGAGUGGGCAUCGGAGAGGGCCUCCUCCUCCCAGAUGUGGCACAAGAUAGCAACCCCAGAAACUUGCUGGUGAGCCCAGCUACCAGUCAGCAGGAGCCAGAGCGAGUCGUGAGGUCUGUCAGGGUGAUAGGAGACACCGACCAGAGUAUCACCCUGGCCUGGAAGGCACCUCUGGCAAAGAACACGACAGUGUUCAGUGUCCUCUAUGCCGUCUUUGGAGAGAGAGACAUGCGGCGGAUCAACGUGGAGCCAGGGAAGACCAAGGUCACCAUUUAUGGGCUGCUGCCAAAGACCAAAUACAUCGUGUGUGUCUGUGUGAAAGGGCUGAUCCCUAGGAAGGAGCAAUGCAUCAUAUUUUCCACAGAUGAAGUUGCCAGCGCUGGAGGGACCCAGAAGCUCAUCAAUGUGGUUGUCAUCAGUGUGGCCUGUGUCAUUGCUGUUCCUCUGACGCUGGUGGUCUGCUGUGGAGCACUGAAAAGGCGCUGCAAAAAAUGCUUUGUGCGGAAACCCAAGGAGAUUCAGGAGUCCUAUGUCACCUUUGAAAGCCUGUCUCCUGGGGCCAAGGCAAAAGGCGUGGAAGGAGAAUACUUGACUAGACAUACCCCCGAUGAGUCAAACAGGCUGCUGUCUGCCCGAUCCAGUGUGGACUCAGAAGCAAUACCAAAGAUAGAGGGGCAACCUAACGAAUAUUUUUGCUGA